CAAAGUCUGCUGCAAGCAAACAGCAAACACACUGUUGCUUCCCGGCGCUCUCAUCCUUUGCAAAAAAAGCACUUACUUUGGAUCUGUAACGGUCAUCAUGUGUAGAGGACUUGCAACACUUCCUGCGACAUGUUUGAAAAGUGCCAAAGACAUCAAGCAUAAAAUAAGCUUCUUACUCCAGAAGCCUGAACCCCAGGCAGCAGAUCAGAAGCAGAUAAAAGAGAAGACUGAUGCUGUCGCUGCUGCUGCAAAGAUGCCCACUCCAGCUGAGGUGGAGAAAUGGAAGGAAUCUUUCAGCAAUGUGAUCAACAGUCAAAAGGGUCGUACGGUUUUCGGCAGCUUCCUGAAGUCAGAGUUCAGUGAGGAGAACUUGGACUUCUGGAUUGCCUGCGAAGACUACAAGAAGUCUACACCAUCAGAGAUGGUGACUAAAGCCAAGAGGCUCUACCAGCAACAUGUUGAGGCCGAUGCUCCGAAUGAGGUGAACUUAGAUGCGGCGACGAGAGAGGAAACGAGGCAGAAUGUCAAGAACGCCUGCCCGUCCUGCUUCAAUGAGGCACAGAAGAUGAUCUACACCUUGAUGGAGAAAGACUCCUACAGACGCUUCCUCAAUUCCAAACUGAUCCAGGAUCUGUGCCAGACACAGUCUACUGAUGCUGAGAAGAAAAACUGUGACUGCACAAAGAAAAAGCAGACGUUAACUGGCGGUGCCUAAACAAUGUGGAAGACUAGAAAAAGGUGCCAAAGACUGAAAAUAUAGAUUAUAGAAUAGAGAAAACAAUUGUUUAAAAGUUGGCUUUAAGGUUAAAGUGACAUAUGGUUAAGAGGUUUUUUUUGUUGUUUUUUUCAUAAAACUUUUACUUCUCCUUAAUUCCUGGAAGUCUUUGGUCAUAGCACAUGCUUGAAAGAACUGCCAUAUGUGCAUAUACAUACAAAUUAUUUGAAUUUUUCCAAUUUUUGCAUUUAUCAUGAGCUGUCAUGUAAUUUUCAAAAUCACAAAGGCUGAUAUCGACUAAUUAGAUUGAUCAUGUUUCAACUUAAAAUCAAACAACCCUACUGCCGGUGGACAUUUGUUUUAUCUGAGCAAUAACGAUGCAAACUUGUUAAAAAAGUUAAAGUGAUAUAUCAUUUUCUUUCUGGGAAUGACCCAACCUAACCAUCUGAAACACGAGCAAAUUUAAUUUCUUUCAAAAGCAUUGGGAAAAAAAGCAAUGGCCAGCUCCCAUAAAUUGAGUAAAAGGUGA